GGAAAAAGGAUCCUUUCUGCUUCUUCUUUUCUUCCACACAAAUAAUACAUCAUUUCUCUUUCUCAUUCUCUCUCUUCCUAUUCGCACGUACACACACAACACGCUCGCUCUCUCUUCUUUUCCAAUUCCACUUUGCGGACACGAUUUGAGAUGGGGAUAUAUCUCAGCGCUCCCAAAACAGAGAAGGCCUCUGAAGAUGGCGAGAACGACAAGCUGCGGUUUGGUUUGUCUUCCAUGCAGGGUUGGCGGGCUUCCAUGGAAGAUGCUCAUGCAGCUAUCCCAUAUUUGGACGAGUCUACAUCUUACUUUGGCGUUUAUGAUGGCCAUGGAGGCAAAGCAGUUUCUAAAUUCUGUGCCAAGUAUCUACACCAGCAGGUGCUGAAGAGUGAAUCUUACCGAGCUGGAGAUAUAAGCACAUCAUUACAAAAAUCUUUUCUUAGAAUGGAUGAGAUGAUGCGUGGACAAAGAGGGUGGAGGGAAUUAGCUGUCUUGGGGGAUAAAAUAGAAAAGUUAUCUGGUAUGUUAGAAGGCUUUAUUUGGUCUCCCAGGGGCAGUGAAGCAAAUGAGAAUGUCGAUGAUUGGGCAUUUGAGGAGGGACCCCAUUCUGAUUUUACCGGACCAAACUCUGGAAGCACAGCUUGUGUAGCUGUUAUCCGAGGAAACAAACUUGUUGUUGGUAAUGCUGGAGAUUCUAGAUGCGUCUUGUCAAGGAAAGGCCAGGCACACAAUUUAUCUAAGGAUCACAAGCCUGAUCUUGAGGCUGAGAAAGACAGGAUUCUAAAAGCUGGUGGUUUCAUCCAAGUUGGACGGGUCAAUGGAAGUUUAAACUUGGCUAGAGCAAUUGGAGAUAUGGAGUUCAAGCAGAAUAAGUAUUUGCCUGCCGAAAAGCAGAUCGUGACUGCUGAUCCGGACGUAACUUCAGUUGAACUUUGUGAUGAUGACGAAUUCCUUGUGAUAGCCUGUGAUGGAAUAUGGGAUUGCAUGUCUAGCCAACAGCUUGUGGACUUUAUACAUCAACAGUUAAAGACAGAGAAUAAACUUUCUGCGGUUUGUGAGAAAGUAUUUGAUAGGUGCUUGGCACCAACCGCUGGUGGUGAGGGAUGUGAUAACAUGACCAUGAUCUUGAUUCAGUUCAAAAAACCUUCCAGCCCUGAUGUUUCUGUCACGAACGAGCCCCAAUCGUCUGCUCAACCACCUGAAACCGAUAAAAGUUCAGAGAAAAAAGUAGAAUCGAAGUGAGAGAAUUUCGAACAUGACUUGAUAGUCAUCAGUAUCUUAGUGCGUGUUGAAGCAUUGGUAAGCAGAGGUUCUUGGGUAACCAUUUUAUAUCCAAAUUUCAGGGUGUUGAUUCUCAAUAGGGGAUUGUAAAUUUGUGACAAACUAAUCCAUGGGCCAAUAUUGGUUUUGUACAUAAGUGUGAGGUUUCUAUCAUAUGAAUGGAAAAGAAAAAAAGAAUCAGAAAGCAUACUGAUGUAUACUGGAUGACUAAAAUCACCUUUUGCAUACUUACCAUUGCCAAUGAGUGUGGAUCGGCAGAAUGCGUAGAAAGAACGUGUUUGGAUUCUGAAGUUAUGAUCAGUAGCAGUUCCUUAAGGAUUUUGUGCCAUGUUCUUUUUUACAUAGGCCUUUGUGGGCUCAUCUACCAGUGUUGCUAAUUUCUUUUCACAAAUUAUAAAUACUCAUUGCUUUUC